CAUCAGCAUUUGUUUGCAGCCGAAAGGCACCCCGCACAUUUCGAGCCAUGAACAACUCAGACUUCCAGCGCCUGCUCACCACCGAUGACAGGUCACUGGUGCAGGAGCUGACCAAGAAGAGAGGUGGUGCAUCUAGGGGAAAGGGCGGUGGCAAAGGCGGGGGCAAAGGCAAAGAUGAGAAGGCCAUCGCCCGGAUUGCGAGAGCAAACAAGUACAAGCAGAAGGCUGCCGACAAAGAGGCGAAGGACGCGGAGGAGAGCAAGUACCGGGACCGUGCCUUGGAGCGGAGAGACCUCAAGAACGAGUAUGAGAAGGUCGCCGCAGAGUUCGAGAACCACGGGGAGGUGUCCGUGGAGCAGUCCAAGUACCUCGGAGGCGAUCUGGACCACACGCAUUUGGUGAAGGGCUUGGAUUUUGCGCUUCUGAACAAAGUGCGGGCGGAGCUGAACAAGAAGAAGAAGGUCGAGGAGCAUCAGCAGGCAAAGCAGCAGCAGAAGAAGCCGGGGGAGAAGGGAAAGCGUACUUUCGAGACCCGCCUCGCAAAGAAUGUGUGGCUCAGUGUGGUGGAGACGCUCCACCCUCACCACAGCACCUUCAAGGAGCGCGUGCAGAAGAUGGGCAAGGCCAUCGCACAGGGGCACCGCAUCCGGAACGCGCCCAGCACCUUCCUGCCGGGGCGCAUGGCCUUCGAGUUCGACACGGACCUGGAGAUGGGGAAGACGGACAUCCCGCGGAUCGUGUACAUGAGCAAGGAGGAGAUUGCCCCGGGAGAGCGCAUCAAGACCACCUCCGGCAUGCUGCCGGAGACUGCCGUCCGGGUCCGGAACGCCAUGCAGAAGGCCGCGGACGACCGGAAGAAGCGGAAGGAGCAGAAGAGCAUAGGAGGGUCCAGCUACACGCUGGCGCAGAAGGUGGAUGUGCCCAAGGUCAAGGCCCGGGACAGCGACGACAUCUUCGGGGGCGUGGGGAAGUUCAACGUGGAAGAGUUUGUCCAGAAGGCUCGGGCAGAACAAGCGGCGAAGCGCGAGAAGCUUGGCAUCAAGGAGGAAGUCAAGGAGGAGAUCAAGGAGGAGAAGGAGGAGGUGAAGAAGGCAAAGAAGGAGCCAAAGGCAGGGAAACCGGCGAAGGCGUCCUACUUUGACGACGCCGGGGAUGAGAAGUACAGAAAAGCGCCAGACCGGCAGCUGAACCUGGACGAGAUCGAAGUAGAGGAGGCGGGGCUGGAGCCGGGCCAGUUCCACAAGCCCACGGGUCGGUUCAUGGCCAGCAGCCGCUUCAAGGGCGCCCGCAAGAACUGGGUCUUCAAGCUCGGGGAACUUGGCCUGGGCUACUACGAGGAAGUGCAGCCAAAGGGAGCAGCGAAGCCCAAGCCCAAGGCCAAGGAGCAACUCAAAGAUUCUGACGGCAGAGGCUACGACGCCUACGACGAGCUCUUCCCCAGCUCCAUGACAGGAGGCGCCAUGAUGACCACCCAGAGCGACGACAGCGACGAGGAAGAGGGCAAGAAGAAGAAGAAGAAGGGUGCCGACAAGAAGAAGGGCGUCAACGAGGACAGCGUGGCUGCCAACAAGAAGAGCAGCGCGGCAGAGGCGAAGAAGAGGAAGAUGAGCGAAAACCAGCAGUGGCAGAAGAUUGACAACAUGAUCAAGAAGGGCAAGGUGUCCUCCAUGGAAUCCAUGGAGCAGCAAGCCUCCAAGAAGUCCGCAUCCUCUAGCUUCAGAGGUGAGAGGGUGAGCUGAUCCGCGAUGGAAAAGGCUCACUUGGCCAAAAGGGCCGUAGCUGCCACACAUCGCCCCUCUUCCCACGGCCCGGACCUCGCAGCGGCGCUCGCUCGGGCGUGCGCCUGUUGGCGCCCAAAGUGUGGAGGUGCCUUCAGGAGGGG